AGCCUCAACGACUCCCACAAUCAGAUGGUCGUUCACUGGGCGGGAGAGAAGAGCAACGUGAUCGUGGCCUUGGCCAGAGACAGCCUGUCUUUGCUGGGACCCAAAAACAGCGACGUUUACGUGUCUUAUGACUACGGGAAGAGUUUUAAGAAGAUUUCCGAGAGGUUCAGUUUCGGUGGGGGCAACAGCAGCGAGGUGGCCAUCGCCCAGUUCUACCACAGCCCGGCCGACAACAAGAGGUAUAUCUUUGUGGACGCCUUCGUCCCAUACCUCUGGAUCACCACCGACUUCUGCAACCAUAUUCAGGGCUUUUCAAUUCCCUUCAGAGCAGCAGACCUCCUCCUGCAUGGCAGCAACCCCAACCUCCUGUUGGGCUUUGACAGGUCUCAUCCUAAAAAACAGCUUUGGAAAUCGGAUGAUUUUGGCCAGACGUGGAUAAUGAUUCAGGAACACGUGAAGUCUUUUUCUUGGGGAGUCGAGCCCUACGAUAAGCCCGACACAGUGUACAUCGAGCGGCACGAGCCUUCUGGGGCUUCGACUGUCAUUCGCAGCACCGACUUCUUUCAAAGCAGAGAAAAUAAAGAAAUAAUCCUGGAAGAUGUCGAAGACUUCCAGCUCAGGGACAAAUACAUGUUUGCAACAAAGUCUGUGCGUUCGCAUGGCAGCUCGCAGCCACCUUCGGUCCAGCUCUGGGUGUCCUUCAACCGCAAGCCGAUGCGCGUGGCACAGUUCGUAACCAAGCACCCAAUUAAGGAAUAUUAUGUUGCUGAUGCCUCAGAGGACCAGGUAUUUGUGUGUGUCAGCCACGAUAACAACCGUACCAACCUCUACAUCUCGGAGGCAGAAGGCCUGAAGUUCUCCCUGUCUUUAGAAAACGUGCUCUACUACAGCCCAGGAGGAGCUGGAAGUGACACCUUGGUCAGGUAUUUUGCCAACGAGCCCUUUGCGGACUUCCACCGCGUUGAAGGUGUGCGGGGCGUCUACAUCGCCACCCUGAUCAACGGCUCCUUCAGCGAGGAGAACAUGCGCUCCGUCAUCACCUUUGACAAGGGGGGCACCUGGGAGCUGCUGCAGCCCCCGGCGCAGACACGCUACGGCGAGCAGAUAGACUGCGAGUUCUCUCAGGGCUGCUCUCUCCACCUGGCCCAGCGCCUGAGCCAGCUGCUUAACUUCCAGCUGCGUAGGAUGCCCAUUCUCUCCAAGGAGUCGGCGCCGGGAUUGAUCAUCGCCACCGGCUCCGUUGGCAAGAACAUGGCAAGGAAAACCAAUGUCUAUGUCUCGAGCAGUGCUGGAGCAAGGUGGAGAGAGGCACUGUCUGGUCCCCACUAUUACACCUGGGGUGACCACGGGGGCAUUCUCGUGGCCAUCGCACAAGGCACCGAGACCGACCAGCUCAAGUACAGCACAAAUGAAGGGGAAACCUGGAAAACAUUCACUUUCUCGGAGAAGCCGGUGUUUGUGUACGGCCUGCUGACCGAGCCCAGGGAGAAAAGCACCAUAUUCACCAUCUUCGGCUCGUACAAAGAGAACGGCCACAGCUGGCUGAUACUGCAGAUCAACACCACUGACGUGCUGGGGGUUCCCUGCACUGAGAACGACUACAAGCUGUGGUCACCCUCCGAUGAGCGAGGCAAUGAAUGCUUACUGGGGCAUAAAACCAUUUUCAAAAGGAGGACUCCUCAUGCGACCUGUUUCAAUGGGGAAGAUUUUGACAGGCCUGUCAUGGUCUCCAACUGCUCUUGUACAAGGGAAGACUUUGAAUGUGAUUUUGGCUUUAAACUGAGCGAUGACUUAUCGUUAGAAGCUUGUGUCCCUGACCCUGAAUUCGCUGGGAAACCGUACGACCCGCCAGUCCCUUGUCCUGUUGGCUCGACUUACAGGAAGACUCGAGGCUACCGGAAGAUUUCUGGGGACACUUGUACAGGUGGAGACAUCGAGUCGCGGCUCGAAGGGGAGCUGGUACCGUGCCCGCUAGCUGAGGAGAAUGAGUUCAUUCUCUACGCCACCCGCUACUCCAUCCACCGCUACGACCUCGCCUCCGGCGUCAGCGAGGAGCUGCCGCUGGCUGGGCUGCGAGGGGCCGUCGCCCUGGACUUCGACUACGACCACAACUGCUUGUACUGGGCAGAUGUCACUCUUGACAUUAUACAGCGUCUUUGUCUCAAUGGCAGCUCUGGACAAGAAAUAAUCAUAAGCACCGGGCUGGAAACGGUGGAAGCUUUGGCCUUUGAACCUCUGAGUCGGUUGCUGUACUGGGUCAAUGCUGGGAUUCCCAAAAUUGAGGUUGCCAAUCCCGACGGAGACCUGCGACUCACCGUCCUCAAUUCCUCCAUACUUGAACGACCCAGAGCCCUCGCUCUGGUUCCCCGAGACGGGUUGAUGUUCUGGACAGACUGGGGAGACUCCAGAGCUGGCAUUUACAGAAGUGACAUGGACGGGUCGUCGGCCAGCUGCAUCGUUUCAGAGGGUGUGCGGUGGCCAAAUGGCAUUUCUGUGGAUGACCACUGGAUCUACUGGACUGAAGCCUAUAUGGACAGGAUCGAGAGGGUCGAUUUCAACGGGCUGCAGAGAUCUGUGAUCCUGGACAGCCUCCCUCACCCCUACGCUAUUGCUGUAUUUAAGAAUGAGAUCUACUGGAAUGACUGGUCACAGCUGAGUAUUUUCAGAGCAUCCAAAAACAGCGGCUCAAAGAUGGAGGUCUUAGUCGGCCGAUUAAAUGGGAUCAUGGAUAUGAAAAUCUUUUACAGAGGAAAGACAACAGGGGAGAACGCCUGCAUCAGCAAGCCCUGCAGCCUGCUCUGCCUGCCCAAGUCGAACAACGGCAGGAGCUGCAAGUGCCCCGAGGGGGUGUCCAGCACCCUGCUGCCCACAGGGGAGGUGAAGUGCGACUGUCCUCACGGCUAUGUCAUGAAGAACAACACUUGCAUAAAGGAAGAAAACACGUGUCUGCCGAACCAGUACAGAUGCUUCAAUGGGAACUGCAUAAACAGCAUUUGGCAGUGUGACAACGACAAUGACUGCGGGGACAUGAGCGAUGAGAAGAACUGCCCCACCACUGUGUGUGACACCGAGACCCAGUUCCGCUGCCAGGGCUCGGGGACCUGCAUCCCACUGUCCUACAAAUGUGACCUGGAGGACGACUGCGGGGAUAACAGCGAUGAAAGCCACUGCGAGUCUCACCAGUGUAGAAAUGACGAAUUCAGCUGCAGCUCAGGGAUGUGCAUUCGUCUCUCCUGGAUGUGUGAUGGUGAUAACGAUUGCAGGGACUGGUCCGAUGAGGCGAACUGCACUGCAGUAUAUCACACCUGCGAGGCAUCCAGCUUCCAGUGCCAGAACGGCCACUGCAUCCCGCAGCGCUGGGCCUGCGACGGCGACGCCGACUGCCAGGACGGCUCCGACGAGGACCCCGCCAACUGCGAAAAAAAGUGCAACGGCUUCCAGUGCCCGAAUGGCACUUGCAUCCCAACCAGCAAACACUGCGACGGCAUCAAUGACUGCUCCGACGCCUCGGACGAGCAGCACUGCGAACCCCUGUGCACCCGCUACAUGGAUUUUGUGUGCAAGAACCGGCAGCAGUGCUUGUUCCACUCCAUGGUGUGUGAUGGCAUCAUCCAGUGUCGAGACGGAUCAGAUGAAGACGCCAACUAUGCUGGCUGCUCUCAGGACCCCGAGUUCCACCGGACCUGUGACCAGUUCAGCUUCCAGUGCCAGAACGGCGCGUGCAUCAGCCUGGUGUGGAAGUGUGAUGGGAUGGAUGACUGCGGUGAUUACUCUGACGAAGCAAACUGUGAAAACCCGACAGAGGCCCCGAACUGCUCCCGGUACUACCAGUUCCAGUGCGGGAACGGGCACUGCAUCCCCAACCGGUGGAAGUGCGACGAGGAGAACGACUGCGGGGACUGGUCCGACGAGAAGGAGUGCGAGGGUUCUCCGGUUCAUCCCGUUACUACAUCAAUCCCACCGACGUGUUUGCCGAAUCACUUCCGUUGCAACAGCGGCGCCUGCAUCAUGAACAGCUGGGUCUGCGACGGGUACAAGGACUGCACCGACGGCUCCGACGAGGAGGCCUGCCCUACUUCGCGACCCAACGUGACGGCCACCUCCCCGGCGCUCCCGGGACGCUGCAGCAGGUUCGAGUUCGAGUGCCAGCAGCUGCACAAGUGCAUCCCCAACUGGAAGCGGUGCGAUGGGCUGCGGGACUGCCAGGACGGCACAGACGAGAGGAACUGCCCUACUCACAGCACCCUGUUGUGCCCUAACGGUUUUAAAUGUGAGGACGGAGAGGCCUGCAUUAUGGCGACAGAGCGGUGUGAUGGAUACCUGGACUGCUCAGACAGCAGCGAUGAGAGAAACUGCACUGAUGACACAAUCGUGUACAAAGUCCAGAACCUCCAGUGGACGGCCGAUUUCUCCGGCGAUGUCACUCUGAUGUGGGCUCGGCCAAAAAGAAUGUCCUCGACCUCCUGCGUCUACAACAUCUAUUACAGGACGGUUGGUGAGAGCGUUUGGAAGAUGUUGGAAACCCACAGCAACAAAACCAACAGCGUUUUGAAAGUCCUCAAGCCUGACUGUACCUAUCAGGUGAAAGUCCAAGUGCAGUGUCUCAGCCGAGUCUACAACACCAAUGACUUCAUCACCCUCCGGGCACCCGAAGGAUUACCAGAUGCUCCCUUUAACCUUCAGCUGUCCCUGAAGAAAGAAGCCGAGGGUGUGGUGACGGGCUCCUGGAGUCCCCCUGUGAACGCCCACGGCCUCAUACGGGAAUUCAUCGUGGAAUACAGCAGAACUGGAUCCAAGGAGUGGUCGUCCCUUAGAACCACCAAGAACUACACUGAGAUCGAGAACUUACAGGUCAACACAUUGUACACAGUUAGAGUUGCUGCGGUAACUAGUCGAGGAGUGGGAAACUGGAGUGAUUCCAAAUCCAUAACCACCAUAAAAGGCAAAGUCAUUCCUCCACCUGUCAUACACAUUGAGAGCUACAGUGAGAAUUCCAUAAGUUUCAGCUUAAAAAUGACCACUAAUAUCAAGGUCAGCGGUUACGUUGUGAACAUCUACUGGACAUUUGAUACACACAGGCAGGAAAAAAGGACUCUGAUCAUAGAAGGAGAAAAGUCCGUCCAAAAAGUGGAAAAUUUGACAGCACACACCCCCUAUGAAAUCUCUGCUUGGGCUAAGACGGAGCUGGGUGACAGCCCUCUGUCUUUUGUACACGUGGUGACCAGUGGGACGAGACCUGCAUCACCAAGUCUCAAAGCCAAGGCCAUCAACCAGACUGCGGUGGAGUGCAGCUGGACCGGACCGAGGAACGUAGUCUAUGGCGUCUUCUAUGCCACAUCCUUCCUGGAGCUGUACAGGAGCCCUCACAAUGCCACCACCACCUCCCACAACAUCACUGUGACGGUGCAGCGGGAUGAGCAGUACCUGUUUCUGGUCCGUGUGACGUCUCCCUACCAAGGGCCACCGUCCGACUACGUUGUGGUGAAGAUGAUCCCUGACAACCGGCUUCCCCCUCGGCACCUCCACUCGGUGCACACCGGAAAGACCUUUGCAGUCAUUAAGUGGGAGUCGCCCUACGAUUCGCCCGACCAGGACAUGUUAUAUGCUGUCGCAGUUAAAGAUUUAGUAAGAAAAACAGAUAAAGUCUACAAAGUGAAAACCCGAAACAGCACGGUGGAGUACACCGUUAAGAAACUUGAACCAGGAGGCAAAUACCACGUGAUUGUUCAACUGGGAAACAUGAGCAAAGAAUCCAGCAUGAAGAUUAACACAGUUCCACUGUCUGCACCAGACGCCUUAAAAAUCAUAACAGAAAAUGACCAUAUUCUGCUUUUCUGGAAGAGCUUGGCAUUAAAGGAAAGUAAUUUCAAUGAGAGCCGGGGUUAUGAGAUUCACAUGUUCGACAGCUUGAUGAACAUGACGGCUUAUCUUGGGAACACCACAGAAAACUACUUCAAAGUUUCCAACCUGAAGAUAGGUCACAACUAUUCAUUCAGCGUUCAGGCCAGGUGCCUGUACAGUGGGCAGAUGUGUGGCGAGCCAGCCACGCUGCUCUACGAUGAACUAGGAACUGGGGAAGACUCCUCUGCAUCAAAAACUGGCAGAUCCACGGACGUCGCUGCCAUCGUGGUACCGGUGCUGUUCCUGCUGCUGGUGACCCUCGGGAUCGGGUUCGUGGUGCUGUACAUGAGGCACAGGCGGCUGCAGAACAGCUUCACCGCCUUUGCAAACAGCAAAGGCUCGGCCAUAUUCUCCUCGGGAGACGAUUUAGGAGAUGAGGAUGACGAAGCCCCAAUGAUAACUGGAUUUUCAGAUGAUGUUCCCAUGGUCAUCGCAUGAAGCGCGUUUCUGACUGUAAAAAUCAAAUGGUGUAAAUAUUUUAUUUGAUAAAAAUAGUUGAUUGUUUAUUUUAAAAAUGCACUUUGAUUUGCAAUAUGUUAUUUUUAUAUGGGCCAAAAAAAAUUUAAAAAAACACUUUGUAGUAAUCAACUGUGAAUUGCAGACUAGGUUGGUUUAGUAACAAAUUGCUUUGAUUUAACAUUCAUUUAGUCUUACAAGGCUAUGCUUGCUGGGCAUGCUUUUAAGUCUGUGAGAUAUUUUCUGUUGACUAAAUUGGCUACUCGUUUUAUUUUUCUAAGACAAGAAUAAAUUUAUUUAAAAAAAAAUUCAGGAGAUUAUAUAUGUAGAGAGAGAUAAGUAAUAUAGUCCCUGAAGGUUUUCCUUUUACUUUAAAAAAAAAAAAAAAAU